GAUGAGGCGGAGGAUGAGGCGGAGAUGGAGAACGAGGACUUCUGUGCCGUGUGCCUCAUCGGUGGAGAGCUGCUGUGUUGUGACCGCUGCCCUAAAGUCUACCACCUGUCCUGCCACGUGCCAACACUGCUCAGCUUCCCCACUGGUGACUGGGUGUGCAGCUUGUGUCGGGACGUGCAGCAGCCCGAGGUGGAGUACGACUGCGAGAACACGCGCCUGAGCGCCGAGCUCAAGGGGAAGGCCCUGCCAUACGGCCUGUCCGCCAGCGACCUGAGGAAAUGUGAGAAGCUUACUCUGCUCGUCUUCAGCCACGCCUUGAGCACUCCCUUCCAUGAACCUGUGAGCCCGCUGGCCCGCCACUACUAUCAGAUAAUCAAGAGGCCGAUGGACCUGUCCGUCAUCCGGGGGAAGCUGAAUAAAUCCAGCCACAUGCACUACUUCAGCCCAGAGGAGUUUGUGGCCGACGUCUUCCUCAUGUUCCGGAAUUGUGCGAAAUUUAAUUACCCGGACUCCGAGAUGGCCCAGGCCGGGUGCAGCCUGGAGGCGUUCUUCUCCUCGUGCCUGAGGGAGGUCUUCCCCAGCCAGGCCUUCUCGUCCGCCGGCGUGGAGGAGUCCGACAGCGACGAGUACGAGGGCGUGGAGCCGGGCCCCGUGAAGGGCUUCCCCUGGCCCGACCGCAGAGAACAGAGCCAUCGCAAGAGGAAGAGGAGGCACUCGCUCACCAGCAGGAGGCAGCACUUCUAGCUGACGCGUGGCCUGCUCAGACUGGAGGUGUUUUGGUGGGAGAUGAGCCAGAUGUGGCAGGCAGGCGUUUGGCCCUGCCCCGUGGAGAUCUUCACACUUCAUAUACUUCACACGUCCCGGAUGUGGAUAUAUUUUAAGUGCAUUUAACACAAGUAUUUACCGUGCUUCUCUGAGAUGAUGUAGUUUCAGCAAAUGUAAUAUGCAAUGUUGCCUGCAUUCAUGUUUUAAAACUUUAUAUGCCUUUAUAUACUGCCUUUUUAGAAACUGUUUCUUUUUUUAUUUUGACUAUAUACUGUCAGGUUCAAUAUAUUGUAUCAUGUUCUUUGCUCUGACAAAGUUGAUAUAGGUAAAUGUUGCUAUGGUUCUUUAAUAUCAAGUUAUGAACUGUCUUUUUAUGGUGGAUCAAUGGUUGCUGGCAACAGUGAAUUAGUAACAAUAUAUUAUUAUUGUUGAUUUAUAUCAUAAGUAUUUUAGAUUUUUAAGGACGAGAAUUUGUCUCUGUUAUCUAAAUAUUUACCAUUUAUUUCAGGUUGAUUUUUUUUCUUACCGUGAUAGCUGGAAUAUCCUAUAGAGGGCGCUGUGUCUCUAGUGAUUCCAAAAACAGCAAUGGCAUCAGGUUCACAAUGAACUUUGUGGUUGUCUGAAAGAGAUGACUAAACCACCAUGCUAUAAAAGACAUUGGGCUGGUUAUUGAUAUAGACGAACGUUGUCAGGGUAUUGUUAUACACAUGUUGGAAUUUAAUCUGUCAAAGAUGGUAAUAUUAUUUCUCAGGUUUGAUGGAAAAUCUUUCUUAGGUCUGCUAGUCUUCAAUUGGCGGAGGAGACAUACGCAGAGGAAUGAUCUGGAAACUGAGUGGCAAGGUGCCGUUACUGUUGAAGAAUCGGGGACCUUUUUGUAAUUCACCGCUUUCCCUGGCUGCAGUUUCUGUGUAGAUUAGCCUUGUUAAUGUUUCAAUCCGAUGGACAUGCUACCUGUUAUAAUAUUCCUGUAUUAGUGGCUGGAAUGUAUCGAGCUUACAAACUGAAAAUAGGCCUUUACUGUUAAGAAAAUACUGGAAGGCGUUCAAAUAAAUAUAUCCUGGAUGACACUUUACUUCAGCACUUCA